AUGCGUGGAUUCUUGUCUCUCUGUACAGCUCUGUUCCCGAAUUUAAAAGGUGCAACGUCAGUAGGCAAAACACAAAGAGAAAUCCUGCAACACGUUCUCUCUUCCUUUAAGUCGCCGUGCUCUUCUGUAGUGGAUCGCAGAAGGCCCAGCACAGCACCACUACGUGGGCGACCGUCUCGAAAAAAGUUUGAUCCUGUUUGCCGCGCGGAUCCCGUAACCCUUUGGCGUCUCUACAGUACUGAGUGGAGCAAGCACUCACGUGCCGUUGAGAUGAGCGAACGCUCCCUACGAUGGUCUGUGAAGGAGGCCAUGAUGGUGAAGGAGGUGCCGGGACACAUCAAUCAAUUAUGGGCCCCUCAUCACCGUGUACUACUUCCCGUCCUGUCUCGAUAA